GUGGACAAAUCGUCUCUCAGUGUUCGCGGUUGUCUAGUCGCGCCCUUACAAAAAGCAAGUCAUUUGCAGGCAGGGUACGUGGCGACAGAUGGGCUCAGUUGCCUUUGUUCCCCCCCCCCCUGGCAAUGGCUGCUUUUUGACUGGCGGCACCGAUUGCACGUCUUGCUUGUCUGUUUGUGCACAACUGUGGAUUGACCGGAUUCCUUUGUGCCCUAUGACCGGAUUCUUCAUCGCCACCGUCCUACAGCUCUUAUCCUGUGCCGAGCCUUUUCCGCAGCCUCAUUCGACAAUUUGCUUUGCUGUCAGCAAGCAGAUACAACCUCUUUCGGUCGCACUCGCUCCCUACUAUCAUGAAGGUGUACGGCAUGUUCCUCAUGGCCGCGGCCAUGGCCAGCGCCGUCUCGGCCGGCGCCGGCAAGAUCUGUGAUAUGGACCCCGUUCCUGCCGCGACUCCGGCCGCCACCCCGGCAACAGAGGCCCCGGUGACGCCGGUGACCGAUGCCCCGGCGACGCCAGCGACCGAAGCUCCGGUCGAUGACACUGAGGCUCCCGUGACGCAGGACGAUACCACCCAGCAGCAGGGCAGCGCUGUGGCCGGCGAGGCCAGCACUUCGGAUGACGCCACGCAGCAAACUACGCAGCAGUCGACCAUCUCGGGCGGCGAGCAGUCGACGGCCGGCACGGUCUCGCACGCGUACUCGUACACGGGUGUUAACUGCGGUGGCCCUGGCUCAUACGACCAGGUGACGGACAUCGCGUCGUGCUCCAAGACUCCAGUGACCACCUCGAGCCCAGUGUCGCCACUUGACACGGGUGUCACGCUCGCUCUCCGUGGUCCCAUGACCGUCUACAACAUCGGUGUGUUUGUUAACACCAACGGCACGUGGGUAAAGGUCUCAUCCUACGAGAAUGGUGGUGCCGCUACCAACAUGGUGUUCCUAAACAACGAGAACAUCGACUACACCGGUGGUGGCUCACCCGAAGGAUUCUGCGAGGCCGACGGCACGGGUGUUGCUCAGCAGUCAACCCCUUUCAGUGGCACUCUGGCUUCGGCCUCCAACCCUGGUGGAGGCUCGAUCGUCGCUUCUGAGGCCACGGGUGCUGAGGUGCACAUUAUGACGGAGAACAAGUGCGGUGUCGAUGUCGAGUGUGAGGGCGCUUAUGACAACGAUGGCACGGCCUUCCAGGGCUGGACUGGUGGUAAGAAAAUCUUCAUCACCAAGCUGUCAAUGGAGGAGGGCGGUGCCCCGAACGUUCCCGCCGCUUGGAUCCUCCCCGACCAGGUGACCCACUCGGGCCAGUACGGCUGCAACUGCCGUGGCAAGGGCCCCGCCGGUGGCUGCGGUGAGCUCGACGUUGUGGAAGUGCUCGAGAAGGACACGAGCUACUUGGCCACACACUACUACUUCUACGACGGCAAGUACAACCCGGGUAACGACCAGUUCGCCAAGCGCCCCACCGACGGCCCCGCCACCUACGUGACGAUCAUUGAUGAGGACUACGGUGUUAAGGUCAUUGAGAUCGGCACUGAUGACUUCGACUUCAGCUGCGGAUCCAUCACCAACGACGUCGUCUCGCAGUGGGAGGCCGCCGAGUAAACUCACUCGAUAAGAGUUUCUUUUUGUCUAUAACUUGUAGCCAAUGUUAUGCAUUACCCGAUCGCAGGGCCGAUGGUAAUUGGGUUUUUGGUCACUUUUCUGUCGUGUUGAAGUUUUUUUCUUGACGUGUGAUGGCGACUGUUACAUGACCGAUGUGAAGUCGAUGACGAGUUUUGAGAGCUGAAGCUUGUGCUGUGUGUACUGCACACCGGCCAUGUCCAAGAGCCGACGGGAUGCCACGAACUUCCAGCUGCAAGUAAGGCAAUAAACCACGUUAGAGCCCCAAAGUUAGAGAUUGUAGAUGUACUAGAGAAUACUGCCGGUCAACGUACUCGCUAUUGUAUUUAUCGGAGCAGUAAACGACGCGUGCGAUGCCACUCUGAAUAGGCACAGCAACACCAACAUCGUUAAUCGC